GAAUCGAAGCUGAAGACAAAACGCCCACCCCCUGAUGGCAAUCAUGGAAAUUGUUAUUGAAUCUCCGGUUUAAAGGAGAAGAAAACUAUCGUUGCACAGAGACGAGAGAGAGUAUUAUUUUUCUCAAGUCGAUUUUUUUCCUUCCCUUUACUCCACCGGCGGAUCGAUCAUCCGAGAUACUUCCCGGCGUUUCUAGAAGAUUCCCUCAACGAUGCACUACCUCUCCAGGCGCUCCUCCGUCUCCGCUCUUCUUCGCUCCGGUUGCUGGCGCCGCCGUGAUGCUGCGUCGGCGAUAUCUGGCUCCGCCGCUCCUCUGGACGACGCCUGUGAUAUUACACUGGACCGAGUGGGAGAAGGCAUUGGUUGUGCAUUGGCUGGUCGGAAUGAGCUGAGAGGGAGUGAAAUUCGCACUGGUAGCCGAUGCCGAGAGGGAUUAGGGAUCAGAAUGAUGCAUUCUCGAGCCAAUAAUGCUAUCGUUUGGAGAUAUACUCUGCCAUUUCUUUCUCAUGGAAGCCCUUCUGGACGAGAACGGGUUUCAUAUCCUAUAAGCCGAUGUUUCAGCCAUGGCAGUGAAAGCGAUGACCGAUUGGACAGGAACUUUCUGGCUCAACUUUGGGUUACAGAGAAGAAAACGAGAAAAGACAGGGAGAAGCGGAGAGUUUCUAAGAACAGGAGUUAUCCUGGCAAUGCCUCUAAAGGAAAAUUGUUCUCAAAUGUAGCAACAGAGGAAAACCAAUACGACCAACCACCGGUUAGUCAGAGCAUGUCUGGAUUUCUGGCGCCGACAACAUCUGAAGAGAUAAGGGUGGCACCUCUCCUUGCUCGAUCUAAUUUGCUGAUUACAAGGGACAUUGAAUGGGCAAAUCUGGUUCUUGGUUUUGAGCAGGAGAACCGUUACGCUGUAGUUGAUGUUUGUUAUCCUCGUGCACCUGUGGGGUUUAUCCGAGAGCAGAGCAACAUUAUUGCGAGACAGCUACUUCGUCUCCGGCGUCCGUUUGUUGCUUCCAUAACUGAUGCUUUGGGUAACGAGCUUUUCCGGGUUCGUAGACCUUUCUGGUGGAUCAACAGUUCGAUAUAUGCCGAGAUUGAUGGAAAGGAAAUCGGCGUGGUUCACCGAAGAUGGCAUCUAUGGAGGAGGAUUUAUGAUUUGUACCUCGGGAACAAGCAGUUUGCGGUGGUGGAAAACCCGGGGUUGUGGAACUGGACAUUUACGUUGAAGGACGUUGACGGGGAAGUGUUAGCGCAAAUAGACCGUGACUGGAGGGGUUUCGGCUUCGAGAUUUUCACAGAUGCCGGGCAAUACGUGAUCCGAUUCGGGGAAGCUGAUGCUGCUACGCCCAAAACUGGCGCCGCUAGAACGGUGGAAGAGUUGGAAGUGAAGCGGCCGCUGACUCUGUCAGAAAGAGCUGUUGCGGUUGCGCUUGCCAUUUCGCUCGACAACGAUUACUUCUCGAGGCACGGUGGCUGGGGACUCCCGUUCGUCGCGGUAGGAGAGUAGGAGAGUGUCUAUUUACUGUAUGCCCCUCCCAUAUCUGUUUGCUCGGCCGAAGCAACGCCCCUCUCGGCACUUGUUUUCCUUCCGUCGUUCAUCUCUUUCGCUAAGAAACCGAGUGAGUUAAAAGAUUUGUUCGUCUGUGUCGGGGUGGCCAUUUCGCUAAUGGAAAUAGUGUCUUUUUUAAUUAUAAAAAAAAAACGGAAAAAUCAAUCUGGA